ACGUGAUCGCACCUGAGGUGAUCCUAAUUGGUAACCACUGCCAAAAUUGCGAUUGUUUUCCAUAAUUUUUUUUUUCUUAUUCACUGUCUUUGUAAGCUUAACGUUCUCGCUUCGCUCAUACAACCUUCCAGUCCCUCCAUUUUUGCUCUUUUAUAAUAUCUUCUGUAUAACAUCUACAAAUUACUCGAAUGACAUCUGCGAAGGUUGCACCUAAUGCCAGUUCCACCAAAUCCAAAGCUGAUCCUGUGGUCAAAUCGCCAGAUCUGACGCUUGAUUGCCUUAGGGUAGACCAUUCUGUUGUUGCUAAGGAAUUGGCAAAAUUCCGGGCUUGCGAGCCUGCCACACGUACCUUGUAUUGUCGUGAAUGGGCACAAUUCAUUUACAAGCGACACUUCGCUUACAAUUCGAAAACUCAGGAAGAAAUGUCGCAACUGAGAACCAUCUCUGGUCCAGGCGGCUAUAAAUUGUGUGUUGGAGGCCCCAGCUCAGAUACUAGAGAGGUCGCUUCAAUUGUCUGUACGCGAAUCUCAAAGCUGAUGGAGACAUACUUUUCCGAAACGCAAAGAAGUACCCCACCAGGCGAGUUCUUGAGCAGUCUCCUAUCUGAAUGCGAAAGCUGGCAAAAACUGCCGAACAGUAUGUCCUGGUUACCCGACUACUUCGACCCUAUCGUCUUUGAUAGUUUUCCCGACGCCAUUCCAUUGCCCGAAGAUCCCAAAGAUCCAUCACAAUUGCUAGACGCCAUUAUCAUAGACAAAACAUCCCUAUCCCUCCCCAGCUCAAGCUUCCAUUUGCUUAAAAAUCUGAAGGCUGAAGUUCUUGCUUCACAAUCUCAGGCUAUCUGUGGUCACAGGAAGCCAAUGGCAAAGACACCAGCUGAUCUGGACACGGAACGCAAGAUAUUCACAGACAAGUUUGAAAAGGUCACAAAUACUGUUUUCACCGAUAUUCAAAAGCUUUUGCAGGAUGUCUGGAAAGAUCUCAAUGCAACUGUGGACGGACUCAGAACGUUGAUGGCGGAUUGGCGAAAGGAAAUGGGCCCAGACCUCGUCAUGCUUGUUUCCGAGUUCUGCCGAAACAAUCGGGAUAAGUUAGUUGGAUUUAACGAAUACUGGGGCCCUUAUGCAGAAACUUUCAAGAAAAAGAAGAAUACAACCUCAGUAGAAGAGAUUGACAACGCAUUCUACCAAUAUAUUGACAACGCUCGCGACGCCAUAACAUUAUUUGACAAGGAAUUCAUGACAGCAAGAUACACAGCAACAAUCAAUCUGGUUCAAAAUUUGCAAACGCUUUGUGGGGCUAUUUUGGCGAAACAGAUGGAAGACAUGAAGACUCACGGUGUAGAGAAAUUUCAUAAGGCUGUGUUGGACAGCUGCUCCACUGCGCGAAACUUUGUGCUGAAACCCGAGCACCUUGAACAUGUUCAAGACAAUGUAGAGAAUGUCAAAGAAAAAAUGAAGAUUAUGCUCAAGGAACUAUACGACGAGGUGGAUAGCGUCAAAGAGCAAUACGAAAAGGAAUCUCAGAAGAACGUCUUUGGCCGUUUGGAGAAGCUGGCUCACAAGGAAUUCAAAAAGAGACUAAAGAAGCUUGAAGUUAUGCAGCAGUCCCUUCGACAAACAUUCACCUCCGAAUUUGCAACGAACGUCUUCCCAGAACAACAGUUUGCUCAAUUGGCUCUUGUGACCUUAAUCUCGGUCAUGCAGGAAGGCGAACAAAUGGAGUGCGAUGCCAUGGAUGACUUUAUGUUCGAUUUUGUGGACGACAACGAAGAGCUUUUGGCUCAACGUGACGACUUGAUACUUGAUUUUGAGGAAGGUGUCCACACCGGCAGAACUCAGUUGUCCGGGCUUAUAGGGAAGCUGUACUUAAAGGAGGGCAUGCGUAUCCAAGGAGAUAGUUUGGCGUUGAAGCGUCAAAACAACUUGCUCAAGUCCAUGGGUUUGCCAACCGAUACUCCAGAAGAACCAACUGCUUCUCCGCCUACAGGAAGUGGCGGUAGUAAGAAGAAAAAGAAGAAGAAGAAGAACGCUAAUACAAACACGAAUGCUGAUAAUGAAGAAGUUACUACUGAUGUCCCUGCAACAGCGGAAGUUGUCUCCACUAAUGCUGUACCUGCGAAAGUUGUAGGCCAGACUAAUGGCGAUGACAAGAAGGCAUCUACGAGCACGACUGGUUCUAAGGUGGCGGCCGUUGCUACACCUUCAGUCAUUAGCGAGGCUGCUCAAUCUGAGAAGCCAACUGGCAAAUCUUCCCAACCUAUCAAUGCUAACAACCAGUCUUCUAGUGUGAAUAAGGUACCAAGUGUUAAUAAGCAAACUGCCACCAUGGCAGCUACGCAGCCUAACACUGGCUCGAAAGCAAAUGUUUCGAAGGUAGCCCAGGCAACCGUAUCAAAAUCGCCUCCAUUUGAAGAAAAAUCACCUAUUAAUACGGUUGAAUCCCCUCCAAAAAAGACGCCUUGCACCAAUCUCAAAGACAAGAAGGCGGAUUCUGCAAAGCCCAAGGUGGAAGCAACUAAUACUUUAGCGAAAUCAAAGGAGACUGUUUCUAAAAACAAGUCAAAAAUGCCUCCUGCAUCAAGCUGGGUAACGCCUCCUGUUGCUCCAGCAGCGCUUGCCGAUGAUCAAAAGAAAUCUGAAAAGCAAACGGACAAUGCGUGGCCAUCAGCGGAACCAACAGCACCAUUGUGGGGUGAAAAGCCGAAUAUCACAUUCAACAAAGGCGCAGCUGUGUGGGAUGAUUCUGAAAAGAAGGCGCAACCUGUCACUGGCAAACUUUGGGGUCAACAGCUGAAUUCCCAAGACGUUAUGGACCAAAGUGGAUGGGACAACGUACCUCAGACAUUGGCAAAUGACUGGUCAUCAAAACCCAAUCAACAACCAAGUAAACCUUCACUAAAUGCCCAAGUUCAAAACGAUACUACACAACACCCUGUCUUGGAUGUACACGAGCAAACCGAGAAGGGAGUGCCAAACUUUAUGAAGCAGGAUCCUACUUUCCAACUAUCUAAUACUUUGGAAGAUCAAGAUAAGCAAAGUGAACAUCGAAGUGAACAGGGUGAAUGGGAUAUGGCAAGUUCGAUGGAGAAGUCUGUUGCUUCGGUUGCUAUGGAAGUCGGUUCGGGUGAGAUGACCAAAUCAGCACCACAUCUACCACCUGGACUUCAAAUGGCACCCUCAACAAGAACUGAGAGCUCAUCUGCUAUGCACGAUAAUCUGGCUCAUCAACACCCCGAUACCCUUGUAUCUGUGGUCCAAAGCCUUCAAGUUGAGAAUGCACAACUGGUCAAUGCCCUUCUUUCGGUACAGCAGGAGCUGAACACCAUGAACGCACGCUAUGGUGAACUGGUGACGCUUGCUAGAGAACGAGAAGCUCAAAAGGCACUUGAGAUGGAAGAAGCACGUCGAUAUAUUUUGAAGCUAGAGGCUAAAGUCCACUUGCUUGAGCCGGCCGAGGGCAGCCAUUUCGAUGUCAGCCGAAGAAACAUGGAACGUGAAAGUAAUAGUGGUCGUACCUACUCCAAUGACGAAUUUGCUGGACAAGGCAGAGAGGACAGACACCGACGCCAGCCACUAAGUAAGCCAAGGCAUCAAUCUUCAAGCUCUGCGGUCGAGAAUCAUGAUCGGGAUAGAAAACGCAUCAACAAUAUGUGGCGAGAUAGCCGAGUCAUUAAAUGUGGAAAUUGCGGAGAAGCAGGACACAAAAGUAGCGACUGCCAGGAUGCAUGCCGUUACUGUGGAAGCAAAGCACAUUUAUCUGAAUCUUGUGAACUCAUCGUAUAAGUGGAAACCCUACUCUCUUAUACCCUUGUAAAUACAAUAAGACUUGAUUCCAAAAUCAGACGCAGGUGUCUUUAAACAUGUAAAAAAUUAAUAGCUCAUAAAAUAAAUUUCUGAAGAGAGUACGAUUUUUCAUCCUAUAUUUCAAUGUAUC